AUGGCAGAGGGACGGAGGAUCGAUGGACAGAUUGACCAGUUGAGGUCUGACCUCGAGGCGCGAAUUGACGAAGGAGUGGCGUCAUUGAAGUUGGAAAUACAAACUGCUAUGGUUGCCCACGACCGAGUUUCCGUAGCAGUAGGGUCAGAGCUAUCUGGUGUGGAUGAGUCCCUCUCCUCACGAGAAAAGGAAUCUAGUGUUGGUGAUGACCAUCCGCAAGUGGAGGAAGUGUCGGAGCUCCCCGGUCACAACAUGGGCGUAUCGGACAUUGCUGUGAACUCAGUUGGAACAAGAACCUCUUUACUCAGUCGUAACAUUCCAGCUGUUGGAGGGAAGACCAUCGACAUCGGCGAUAUUGAUCACAUCGCGAUCCUUACUCGCGAGGCCGGUCGCUACAAUGUUCUGAUCUCCGUUGGGUCAGCCGGUGGGAAGAUCCACUUCACCGAUUUGGCCACUGACGCUUCCUCGGACACAGGUGGAAGAGGGACGAAGCGCCCCGUACGCCGACUCAUCCCUCCAGUGGACUGUCUCUAUCGCGGAGCUAAAAAGACCUAUCUCGGCUGUGUUACGGCGAUGCAGUUGUCUGAGGAUGGCUCUUACUUGGCUUAUGGGACUUCGAGUGGGUACGUGGGUGUGGCUCGCCUCGUAUGCGAUGUCGAGGAAAGCAGUCUGCGGCUUGAGUGUGAGCUCAGAGGAGUCCUCAGAUGUUUCAAGUCGGCUAUAUCUUCCCCAGUGCGUUGUCUUGCUACACACGGCGACACUUUGUUGGUGGGAGGCGAAGCAAAUGUUGGGCGAAUUAUGGCAAUCGAUAUGUCGCGAGUGUCGGGCUAUCUGGUGGACGAGAGUGGAGAGAGGAGCAGUGGUUCGAAGAGUCGAAAGACUAGAAAUCCCGCAAUCCUCGGUUCAAUUCCCCUCAACUACACUUGUCGUUUAAGAGCCAUACUCGUUUCUGAGUCCCAAGGGCAUCUGCAGCAUCCCUCCUUCCUCCUAUCUCUAGUGUCCUCGGACGGGAUAGUGCAAAGCCAUGAGCUCCCCCAAGGGCCCGAGGGCUGGGCGGAUGACCAACCCGAGCCUAGUACCGUCAAUUUCUUGGAUCUCCGGUCGGCAGGAACCCUCAAGCUUUCUCCAGUGACAAUCUGUGGAGUGGCUACAGCUGCUCUGAAGACUCCUCCUGCCGCUGCCUCGUGGCACGACUGUGCGAUAGUUGCCCUGCCGAAUGGGAGUAUCGAGAUUUACCAACAACGCGAAUGCUCUCCUCCUAAUAUGCCGGAGUUGCCUAUUGAGGUCGAAGGAGGCGUCUUUGAUAUGUUUAAAUCAGCAGCAUCACAACAUCGUCAGUUGAAUGUUGCAGAGAAUUGGAAUCAAGAGUUGUUGACCAAACACUAUGAGGAGCCUCCCCCAGCAACAACUGCCGCUACGCAAGGAGGUAAUGCCACAAGACCUGAUGAUGUUGAAAUGGAGGGCGUGGACGGAGGGAAGCCCUCAGGACCUGUCGAGGCGGCAGGGCCAUCAUCGCCUUUGAUCACGUCAACACAGCCUAUGGUCGGCUCGUAGAGUUUCGUG